AUGGGCAGCGAAGAAGAGGCUAUCCGCCUAACAAACGUCCGAAGCAACGCAUCUCGAUCCGGCGCCGCCAUGGCUCAGUCAUCCAGCGUCGACUCGUCCCACUUUGAGAAGAAUCCAGCCCUCCAGCAGGAGGAGGAGCACAAGAAGCAUCAUCACUUCGGUCACCGCGGCAGGAGAAGGAGGGCUACGGAAACCCUCGAUCGGGGCGACACCGGCCUCGGCUCUAACACGGACAGCCCUGCUCGCCUCAACUUCAUGGGCCGUCUGUACAGGAAGGUUAUAAGCUUCUCCGUCGUCUCUCGCUACCUCGUCUACAUUGUCCCCGUCGCCGUCAUCCUCGCCAUCCCCGUCAUCGUCCUCGCCGCCACCGGUCACAAGAAUGACAUCCCCGUCGGAAACAAGGGCAGCGGCGACGACCUCGUCGUUGGCCCGCCCCUCUUCAAGCUCAUGCUCUGGAUCGAAGUCACCUGGCUUACCGUCUGGGCCGCCAAACUCGUCGCCUGGGCCUUGCCCAACGCCUUCAUGUUCUUCUCGGGUAUUGUCAGUGCUGGCACCCGCAAGUACGCCACCGUCCUUGCUAACAUGUCGGUGCCCCUCACCCUCUUCUUCUGGGCCCUGGCUGUCUGGAUCACCUUCAAGAAGCUCUUUUCCGCCAGCACCUCCAACGUCGAGUGGGCCCGCACCCUCCACACCAUCCUCGGCGCCCUCUUUGUCUCGUCGGCCGUCUUCCUGGGUGAGAAGGCCAUUGUCCAGGUCAUUGGUGUCUCGUACCACCAGCGCUCUUUUGCCAACCGCAUCAGCGAGUCCAAGCAUGAGAUCCGCCUCCUUGGAAUGCUCUACGAUGCUUCCCGCACCCUCUUCCCCAUGUACUGCCCGGACUUCGCCGAGGAGGACCACAUCAUCAACGACAGCAUCGAGCUCAAGAUCCGCGGCAUGAAGGGCGGCAGCGGCACCGCCACCCCCAUGAAGCUCAUCAACGAUUUCGGCCGCCUUGGAGACAAGGUCACAUCGGCCUUUGGCAACAUUGCGUCUGAAAUCACCGGCAAGCACGUCUUCAACCCUAAUUCGGCCCAUUCCAUUGUCCUCGAGGCCCUCGACCGCCUAAGGUCGUCCGAGGCCCUGGCCCGCCGUAUCUGGAUGUCGUUUGUAGUUGACGGUAACGACGAUCUCUACCUCGAAGACGUCAUCGAAGUCCUUGGCCCUGCUCACCGCAAGGAGGCUGAGGAGGCCUUUGCCGCCAUCGACGGCGAUGAGAAUGGCGACAUCAGUCUCGACGAGAUGGUUCGUAAAGUUAUCGAGAUUGGAAAGGAGCGCAAGGCGAUCGGCGAGGGCAUGAAGGAUAUCGGCCAGGCUCUCGCCGCCUUUGAUAAGGUCCUCCUCUUCGUUGUCCUUCUCAUCAUCAUCUUCGUCUUCCUCGCCUUCUUCCAGAGCAGUUUCGUCGCCACCCUCGCUUCGGCCGGGACCGCCCUGCUCUCUCUAUCCUUUGUCUUUGCCGUCACUACCCAGGAGUUCCUCGGAUCCUGCAUCUUCCUCUUUGUCAAGCACCCUUACGACGUCGGUGACCGUGUCGUCAUCAGCGAUGUCGAACUCGUCGUCCAGCGUAUCUCGCUCCUCUACACCAUCUUUACCCGAUCCGACACGGAGCAGGUGUCCCAGGUCCCCAACAUUGUCCUCAACAACCUCUGGGUCGACAACAUGUCGCGCAGUAAGGCCAUGUACGAGAGCUUCGAGAUUGACGUAUCCUUCGACACGUCCUUUGAGGACAUUGAGUUGCUGCGCCUGGAGAUGGAGAAGUUUGUUCGCGACCGCGAGAACUCUCGUGACUUCAAGCCCGACUUUAGCAUCGGCGUUGGUAGCGUCGGCAACAUGGACAAGCUGACGUUGCAAAUCUCGAUCCUACACAAGUCUAACUGGCACAAUGCCAUGGUGCGUGCUAGCCGCCGCUCCAAGUUUAUGUGUGCCCUGGCUCUGGCUCUGAAGAAGAUACCCAUCUACGGACCCGGCGGUGGUGGCGAUGCCGCCGGCGGACCUGCGAAUCCUACCUACUCGGUCUCCGUGACGGAUGAGUGGGCGGCCAUGGCCCGUGACAAAGCUGCCAAGGUCCGCAACGAGGAGCGCCUCGUCCCCUUUCCCGAGGACGCCGCGACCAAGUCGGGCGAUGCCGAGGCCGCCGCCAUCCAGGGUAUCACCAAGCGCCCACCCGUCCGCGAGAUGGGUGCCGCCGGCACCUGGGACGAGAGCAGGUCCCUCCGUGUGGCCCCGCCCGACAACCUGGGUCGCAUGUCGUCCCAGCGUAGCCACCGCAGCUUCCAGAGCCAGCGUAGCCUCGCCGUCGAUGGCUCUCGCUCCAACGUGGAGCGUGCCAGUACCCGCGGACGACGCAAGGCUGGAGAGACCAUGCCUGCCUCGGCCGUUGACCGCGACGGUUCCCGCGCUCCCAACUCGCCUAGCAUCAGCCAACGUGGUUGGGAUGAGGAGGCCCAGAUGGAGGUGCGCUCGCCCACGUCUCCCACCCUACGUCAGCAGCAGUACUCUACCAAUCUGCGACCUUAUCCUUCCCACCGCAGUGGCCAGUAG